AUGCCCGCCAAUGUUAUCCAAGACUCCUUCGUGGACCCGGACGACCUUCGAACAUGCUUCACCCUGGCCAUGUCGUCCAUGUACAAAUCCGAAGUCCCCCUUUACGGGGAUCUCGUCCGCAUCGUCUCCGACGUCAACCAGGAGACGCUACAGUCACGCCUCGAUCCAAAAAUACUCUCAAUGCGCUACGGCGACGCCCUCGGCCCCUCGCCCAGGAUCGACAUUGAGCGCCACGGCGCAAUUCGUCUCGGCACCGCCCGCGAGCUACACACCGUCAGACGCAUCUUGGCCAUCAUCGGCCUGCACCCCGUCGGCUACUACGACCUCACGGCCGCCGGACUCCCCAUGCACGCCACCUGUUUCCGACCAAAAACAAGAGAAUCCCUGGCCAAAAACCCCUUCAGACUAUUCGUCUCGGUCCUCCGACCAGAGCUCAUCGAGGACGCCGCCGCCUCGGACCUCGCCCUAGACCUCCUCUCCAGUCGAAACAUCUUCACCCCAGAACUCACGUCCCUCCUCGACAGGGCCGAUUCGCAAAACGGCCGCCUCACACCCGCCCAGGGCACGCGCUUCGUCGCCGCCGCCAUGGAGUCAUUCAGGUGGCACGGCACCGCGGCCGCCUCCCCCCACGACUACGCGGCGCUCAGGGCGGCGCACCCCGUCCUCGCCGACGUGGCAUGCUUUCCCUCCGCCCACGUGAACCACCUGACGCCCCGGACGCUGGACAUUGCCUCCACCCAGGAGGCCAUGAGGCGGGCGGGCCUGGAGGUCAAGGCCCGGAUCGAGGGCCCCCCGGCGCGGAGAUGCCCCAUCCUGCUGCGCCAGACGAGCUUCCUGGCCGUCGAGGAGCCGGUCCGCUUCGCCGCCGACAACGGGGAUGCGCGGGCCUCGCACAGAGCCAGGUUCGGCGAGGUCGAGGAGCGCGGCGCGGCCGUCACCCCCCGCGGGCGAAGGCUGUACGACGCGCUGCUGGACGAGGCCAUGGCCACGGCGGGCGCGCGAGCGUCCCCGGAGGCGCUGGACGACGCGGCGGCGAGGGUGUUUGCCAGGUACCCCGAUACGUGGGAGGACCUGAGGGCGCAGGACCUGGUGUACUUUGCGUACCGCGUCAGGGGCAGGCCGGCGGCGGUGGAACGCGCGGCGUACACGGUCGACGAGCUUGUGCGGCUGGGCGUCGUGGAAGCGAGCCCGAUUACGUACGAGGACUUUUUGCCCCUGUCCGCCGCGGGCAUCUUCCAGUCGAAUCUGGGUGCCGGGCCGGCGCGGGCGUUGGAUGCCGAGAUGGAUGUCGAGGGCCUGCAGGCCGUGCUUGGUGUUGGGCUGGGCGACGCGGAUGAUUUGUAUCGCCGCCUUCGGGACGCCAGUGUCGACGAGUGCGCUGCGCAGCUUGGCGUAGAGAUUUCCCUGGGGUAG